AUCAAAGACGAGUCCUGUUCGUCCAACAGUUUCACCGGCCAUAUAACCGUGACCCAAACCGCAGAAUAAAAAAUCGAACCAGCUGCAUUUGCGGCGAAGCCAACGACUAUUAUCGCUUGGGAGCCCAUGGGUUCGAUCAAAAGGCCCGAAGCCUGGUUCGUCAAGAUCGCUUGCACCAUCGUCGUUCGCUCCAACUCGCUCGAACGCUUCUUCGGCUAUUUCAGUAAGCACCUAACCCCUUCGCUUGUUUACGACGUCGUUAAUAAGCUCAACGUUCCUAUAUUGAGUUUCAAGUUUUUCGAGUUCAGCAGAAACAAGUUGCGCAUUAACAAUCACUCUUAUUGGACUUACAGUUUCCUCUUGAGGUCUCUUUGUGAAUCCAAUCUUCACAAUUCCGCUAGAUUGGUGUAUCAUUGGAUGAGGUGUGAUGGACAGAUUCCUGAUAAUUGGUUGUUAGGGUUUUUGGUUUCGUCAUAUGCGCUCGCCGGUCGGUUUGAUGUUUCCAAGGAAUUGCUUGUUGAUGUUCAGUGCAAUGGUGGUAUUGGAGUCAAUGCUGUUGUGUAUAAUGAAUUGUUCAACAUUUUGAUUAAACAGAAUAGGGUAGGUGAUGCUGUUGUUCUGUUUAGGGAGCUUGUUAGGUUCCAGUAUCGACCGGUGACGCACACGGUUAAUAUUUUGAUGCGUGGGUUGUGCAGGGCCGGGGAAAUUAAUGAGGCUUUUAGGCUUCUUGAGGAUUUAAGGAGUUUUGGUUGUUUGCCGGAUGUAGUUAGUUAUAAUACUCUUAUGCAUGGAAUGUGUCGAAUUAGUGAGGUAGAUAGAGCUAGAGGUUUAUUGAAUGAAGUUUGUUUGAAGAGGGAGUUGGUUCCUGAUGUUGUUAGUUACACGACGGUCAUAUUGGGUUAUUGCAAGUUGAGUAGAAUGGAGGAAGGGAAUUUACUUUUUGAUGAAAUGGUUAGGAGUGGAAUUGAGCCUAAUACAUUUACUUUUAAUGCUCUUAUAGAUGGUUUUGGUAAGUUGGGGGACAUGGGUUCUGCGCUGGCCAUGUAUGAGAAGAUGGUUUUUUGUGGUUGUCCUCCUGAUGUUGCUACCUUCACUUCCUUGAUUAAUGGAUAUUUUCGAGUUGGACAGGUGAAACUCGCGAUGGAAAUGUGGCGUGAAAUGAAUGGUAGAAAUAUUUCUGCAAGUUUGUAUACGUUUUCUGUUCUCGUUAGUGGCCUAUGCAAUAAUAACAGACUAAGUGAAGCUCGUGACAUUUUGAGACUAUUGAAUCAGAGUGGCGUUGUUCCACAGCCAUUUAUCUAUAAUCCUGUUAUUGAUGGAUAUUGCAAAUCCGGCAAUGUUGACAAGGCUAAUAACAUUGUCGCAGAAAUGGAGGGGAAUAGUUGCAAGCCUGAUAAGUUGACAUAUACGAUUCUUAUUAUUGGGCAUUGUAUGAAAGGGAGAAUGUGGGAAGCAAUUGGUGUCUUUGAUAAGAUGUUGGCAGUUAGUUGUGCCCCCGAUGAAAUCACUGUAAAUAAUUUAAGAUCCUUUCUUUUGAAGGCUGGAAUGCCUGGGGAAGCUGCCCGCGUCAAGAAAGUUCUUGGUCAGAGCUUGUCCAUGGGUACUUCAUCUUUGAAAAAAUCUUAUCAUGAAAGCAGAAAUGCAGAAAUGCCUGUUGCUGUUUAUUGAAGUGCUAUUGCAGAACAGUGGUUAGACAUGGCCUUCUACCAUUAUGCCUUAAGUAAUGGGCAAAUGUGGAUCAAAGGAAUGUUAUCAUUGGGCAGGGUGUCUCUAUUUUGUUGGAGAUUAUCAGUAUUUACAUUCACUUUGCGAUUCCUUCCAAGAUUAUGCUGUUCUGUUUCUGAACCUGGAAUUAGGUAUGUGAUGGAUGAACUAGGUUCAGCUUUGCGGCAUAGUGAUGAGCCAAAUUUCAGAGUUGCACCUUUUCUUUUCAUGCCAGAGGGCAAUCUGGCAUCGGCUGUAAGAAUGUUCAGAAGGAUGAAGAAUGCACUUGUGAUUUUCUUCUUGGUACAGGGGAGGUUAAACAUAGUUCUUCCAGGCUUACUGCAUGGUUCCGCAUGCCACAGAACUAUUUUAUUCAAAUAUACCUCAUGUAGAGGAAUACUUGACACAUCCUGAGUUUGCAAUCGCCAAGGAACCAAAAGAUGCAGAUAUAAUGUGGACAAGUGUGCAGGUAGAUGAGGAUUCCAGAAAGUCCCACUGGAAUAACGGAUCAGCAAUACAUUAAUCAAUUUCCUUUUGAGGCAUGUCUUGUUAUGAAACAUCAUUUAGCAGAGACAAUUCAGAAGGCACAUGGAUUUCCUCAAUUGUUGCAGCCUACUUAUAAUCUUGAAACACAUCUAUCUCAACUUAUUGGUAACUAUUGUGUAUGCAAAAGAGAAGGACUAGACAAUCUUUGGAUCUUGAAACCCUGGAACAUGGCCCGAACAAUUGAUACUACUGUAACUGAUAAUUUACCUGCAAUAAUCCGGCUCAUGGAAACUGGUCCUAAGAUUUGCCAGAAGUAUAUUGAACAACCAGCUUUGUUCCAAGGGAAAAAGUUUUAUCACCGAUGCAUAGUACUGGUUCAGAGCAUGCACCCUUUUGAGAUAUUCCUGUCAGAUUGUUUCUGGGUAUACUGAUUCUUCUUCUGGGCUUGAGUAUGAGUAACUUAAUAUAUACUCUGAAUAAAGUUUGUUAAGCCUUUUUCUUUAUUUCAUUGUGAUACUCAUAAAGAUUAUAAUGGCAGAAGGUUUUAUAUUUUAUUUUCAGGUUAGAAUAGCCAACAACCAAUAUUCUUUGGACUGAAGUAGUUCUUUUGAAUAUGAAACUCACUUCACUGUUAUGAAUUAUCCUGGAAGAAUAAAUCACAAGAAUGUUUAGGAUUUUGUGAGGGAAUGCGAAGAAGAACAUCAAGUUAAAUGGUUGUACAUACAUGCAAGAGUAAGGAAUAUGAUUCAAUCCGUGUUUGAAGCAGCUGCUGCUGCACAUCCUGAGAUGCAUAGUCCAACAUCAAGGGCAAUGUACGGUGUAGAUGUCAUGUUGGACAGCUCUUUCCAACCUAAGUUACUAGAGGUGACUUACUCCCGGAUUGUACAAGAGCUUGCAAAUAUGAGAGGGAGAUUGUGGUUGGAGAGGGAGGUAUUGCCAAGGGUUGUGAUUUCUUCAACAAUGUGUUCAGGUGUCUCUUUUUGAAUGAAUUUUCACAGGUUAGCCCAUUGUAACACGAGAGAAAGAUUUGUGUAAUGCCUUUUCUCAUGGGCUAAGGGGUUUGAGCAAUGCCGUGCAUGCCUUAAUUUUUCUUCAGUUAGAGAUGGUAAAAAUUAAAACUUUGGAGCACUCCUGUUAUUUUCCUUGAAGAAUAUGCGGGAAACUUGUAAGUAUGCAGCAACUAUCAAUAUUGUGCUGGUCAUUUCAAUAACUUUGGCUGUCAUGGUGGAUGCCAUCUUGUGCCUUUGAGUACAUUAAAUACAAUGGUGGACUUGAGACAGAGGAAGCAUAUCCCUACACUGCAACAGAUGGUGUCUGCAAGUUGUCAGCUGAAAAUUUUACUGUUCAAGUUCUUAACUCUGUUAACAUCUCCUUGGGUGCUGAGGAUGAGUUAAAACAUGCAGUUGCACUUGUUAGGCCAGUUAGUGUGGCAUUUGAGGUGGCGGAUGGUUUCCGAUACUACAAGAAAGGAGUAUACACCAGUGACACUUGCGGUAGCACUUCCCAGGAUGUGAAUCAUGCCGCUGUUGGGUAUGGAGUGGAAGAUGGUGUCCCAUAUUGGCUCAUUAAAAAUUCCUUGGGAGAGGACUGGGGUGACAACGGCUACUUCAAGAUGGAGAUAGGAAAGAACAUGUGUGGUCGGGAUCCGUUAGAGCCCAUUCAAACUUUGCAUACCUUGCCUUAAUACACAAGUUAAAAGACAAACUAUCAUUGUCCUUGGUGAAAGAAUCAAAAGUGUUGCAACCUGUGCAUCUUAUCCUACUGUAGCCUAAAUUGCAUAAAAUAUGGUUCCCUGCAACAAUCACCCCGCUCGUCAUAUUCCAGUAUAGAAGAUUAAAGAUGGUCUUUGUAUUGUGAUUAUUGUUCCAAGUUGAUAUGAUGUAGAAGAUAAGUAAGAAGUUGCUAUAAACCACGUACGAAUAUCAUGUAGUAAGUUCAUUGUUAUAGAGACAAAGAUGAUCAUAAAUCAGUUAGUUGUUAAAUAUUUACAAUUUAUUUGUGCUCCCCUCUUUAAUUAGCAAGUUAAAGAUAGCAUGCCAAUACUGCUUCGCAAUAUCUAACAUUGUCAACACAAUCAUAAGGAAAUCAAACU